GGUACAGAAGUAACUCUCCAAAUGAAGAAGAGAUUGCUGCGAAGAUAAACACGUCAUCGUGAAUGUCCUGGAUUAAGAGUAUCUAGUUUUUGGUUUUGUGUCAGUUAGUUGGGAUUCCGCUAAAAUGGAGCUGAUAUAAGGAAGUUUGCGCCGCAGCAGCAGGAAGCUUAAAACAGACUCGCUGUGUGAUUUGUGCCUUUAAGAACACGGUGUGUGUGUGUGUGUGUGUGUACCGGUGGGUAAAAUGGAUGAUGAUGUGGAAAUAUUAGACGUCGACGAUGACAACUCUCCCCGCCAGGUUCCUCUGAAGAACCAGGACCUGAGUCAGCUGAGCUUCACAGUAGGGGAGUUCCUGUCCCUGUACGGGUGGUACCUGCUGGCUGCCACCGUCACAGUGCUGCUGCUCAUCCAGCAUCUGAGGAAGAGGAGGACCGGCCAGAGCCGUCAGGACUCAGUCCCACACAACCUGCAAGAUGUAUCUCUAGUAACAAAGAGACAGGAGGCCAUGGAGGCAGCUCGGCAGAGGAUGCAGGCGGAGCUGGACGCCAAAGCUGCUGCCUUUAAGGAGAAGCAGAGAGAGCAAGAAGAAGAGAAGAGAAGACAGAAGAUCGAGGAAUGGGAGAGCAUGAAGCAGGGGAAGAGCUCCAAAGGACACAAGCUAUCUGAGAACACAGAGGAGGCGAGUGCAGCAGCAGCUGGGGUCAAACCAAAGACGGAUAAGAAGCCGCUGCGCUCCAACGACUACAAUCCCCUGAUGGGACAAGGAGGCUCCUGCACCUGGAGGCCAGGGAGGAGGGGGCCCUCAGCGGGUGGAUGAGGUUAAAGGGUGGAGGUGCUCUGACCGCCUCCAGACUAACCUGCACCCUGAGUGCUGGGACCAAGCUGGCAAUGAAACAGAGCUCCUGCUUUCAGAUCACUGCUUAAACAUCAGUACUGGAGAAGUUGGUACACCCAUUUAGAAAAUCACACUAGAGACUGUUGAGAAACAUAACCAUCAACAUGAUUUCACUGCACGAUCAAAAAUCUAACGAAAAUACAAAUAAUAUUUUUGUCUUGCAGUAAAAAUGUUCCAAUUAUCACAAUUCCUUCUUCCUUUGGGUCCAAAUUUUUAACAUAGUACAUAAGCUUUACAGCUGCAGUAUAUAACUUUUAUAAAAAAUAUGUAUUUACAAAUUUGCUAAAACUAUCUUAGUGUUGUGUAGUUUGUGACAGAUUGUGUAAAGCUUGAUCUCCUUCAUCUCCUCCCUGAGCUAUUAUUACCAUCUGAAGAAAUGCAUCACUCCAAACUAAAGACAACCAAGGAGGGUCUCAGUGCUGUCAGUCAUCCUUCAUGUACUUGCUGCUAAAUGUGCUUUUGGCGGAGAAACAACUUAACUGUUACAGGAAAACCCUUUAUCUGCCGUCAUCUGUGACCAUGCUAACUAGCAUGAGCAUUUACAACAUGCUAUGCUAGCUGCAGCAUAACAGAAAGCAAGGAGGGGAAAAGGAGGGUGGGUAGUUCCACACAAAAUUGUGAUUGACAGCACGAAUAUUGUUCCUGGCUCUGAUUGGUUGUUUCUAGUUUGCACUGGGAGAUCAGAAUAGCUCCUUUUUUCAUCUGUCUCAUAUCAUACUGUCAUGAAAUGGUGACAGUUUCAACAAAUAUUAAAACAUUUUUUUUGUAAAAGUUACAUACUGCAGCUUUAAUUAUUUCAGAAGGAACAUUAUAAAAGUGCAUUUUAAUGGGUGUACUAGACUUUUCCUUUCCUCAGUAGCUCUUUUGCUAAGAUGACAGCAGAUCAUGGACUCAGCUCUUGGUGUCAUUGGAAGCUUGACAUGAAGCCGUUCCUUGAAAUGGUCUCUAACCAGAAGGUCUGGCUGAUCUGUCCCAGUCAGGGUGCUUUUUCAUGGUUGUUGUGUAUUUCUGGAAGAUUUGAGAAAAAAUCAUAGCAGCAGUUGUAUCUAGUAGAUAUUAUUUACAUUCUGUCUGACUGUGUGAUUCUAAACAAAUUAAAGUGUAAGAAAUCUUU